AUGGCACCGAGCGUGCGCGCGCGGCGCCCCGCUUCACCACCGCCUGGCCUUCCCCACUCAGUACCCGCACAGCGUUUCCCCGCACCUAAUAAAAACCAUCUUGACGCAGAUGAGCGUCGUGCAGCAGCGUCUCGCGGAUAUGGGCCCUCUCGAAAACCUUCCUUACCGCCGGGAGGCUUUGACAUCACUUCGGGGGAGUGGAAGCUGCUUGCUGUUGUUCUAGUGAUCGCGUCUGCUGUGCGUCUAUUCCGGAUAUCUAGGCCGGACAGCGUGGUGUUCGACGAGGUCCAUUUUGGAAAGUUCGCAGCGAGAUACCUGAAGACGCGGUAUUUCGUGGACGUGCACCCGCCAUUAGCCAAACUGCUCAUAACCCUGGCAGCAUUUGUGUUCGGAUUCGAUGGAGACUUUGACUUCAAAGAUAUUGGCAAAGUCUAUGAACGCACUCCGUACGUAGCAAUGCGUAUGGUCCCCGCCAUUCUGGGCAUUGCUACCAUCCCCCUCUCAUAUAUCACCCUGCGAGGCCUCGACUGUCGCGCAACAACCGCGCUUUUGGCGUCGUUGCUCAUCACAUUCGAGAACGGCAUGAUCACACAGUCACGACACAUCCUUCUGGAUUCUCCUCUAAUUUUCUUCACUGCUCUGACCGUAUUCACAUGGACGGGCUUCUGCAACGAGGAUAAACACAAGCCCUUCACAGAGCGUUGGUGGGUAUGGCUCGUACUCACAGGACUUUCGCUGGGCGCUGUUGUCAGCAGCAAGUGGGUAGGGUUGUUCACGAUUGCGACUGUCGGCCUCGGCACCCUGAAGCAACUAUGGACGCUUCUCGGAGACGUACGCGUGCCCCCAAAGCUCUUUAUCAAGCACUUUUGGACCCGAGCUGUGUGCCUCAUCCUCAUCCCAGUCCUGUUCUACAUGGCCAUGUUCGAAAUACAUUUUUUGAUCUUGGAAAAUUCGGGCGAGGGCGAUGGGUUCAUGAGUGCCGAGUUCCAACAUACAUUGGGCGGACACAGCAUGGAAGACACUUACGCAGAUGUCGCUAUUGGCUCUCAGAUCACGUUGCGCCAUGUGAACACACAAGGCGGUUAUCUCCACUCGCAUGCACACAACUACCCCGGCGGAAGUCAACAACAACAAGUUACCCUUUACCCCCAUCGAGACCAAAACAACGACUGGCGCAUCGCCAAUGCGACCCAGGAAGGCAUUCCAUGGAAGGACUGGGAAUCGCUUGACCACCUGCACUACAUCGAAAACGGCGCCCGCGUCAAGCUUCGCCAUCUUUCGACUGAGAAGAGUCUCCACUCGCACGACUUUCGUCCCCCAGUCUCCGAGGUCGAUUUCCAGAACGAGGUCUCGACGUACGGUAUGCCUGAUUUUGCGGGGGACGCGAACGACGACUGGAUCGUGGAGAUCGAGAGAGGUGACAGGCGUGAUUCCCAGUCGUCCAAGCGCCUUCGGACUCUGCGCACGGUGUUCCGGCUUCGCCAUGCAUUGACUGGGUGCUAUCUCUUCUCGCACAAGGUCAAGCUUCCCACGUGGGGUUUCGAGCAACAGGAGGUGACUUGCAACAAGAACGCCGUCAAAGCCAACUCUUUGUGGAUCGUCGAAACCAACAUACAUCCCCACCUACCUGAAAAUGCGCCGAAGGUCAACUACCGGUUGCCAAGCUUCUUGUCCAAGUUCUUAGAGCUGCAGAAGGUGAUGUGGCAGACCAACGCCGGCUUGACAGACCGUCACACUUUCGACUCGCGCCCAGACUCUUGGCCCCGCCUGCGUCGUGGUAUUAACUUUUGGGUAAAAGACCAUCGUCAAAUUUAUCUCAUCGGUAACCCCAUGAUAUGGUGGCUGAGUACAGCUGCUGUGCUUGCCUAUGUGGCCGUGCGUGGUCUGCUCAUCCUCCGGGCCAAACGCGGUUACAGAGAUUUUGAGAACACCAAAGUGGUCAAAUACGACACGCUCUGCGGAUUCCUUUUCGUCGGUUGGGGCCUACACUAUCUGCCCUUCUUCUUGAUGGGUCGUCAGCUCUUCCUUCACCACUAUUUCCCCGCCCUCUAUUUUGCCAUCCUCCUCUUCUGCGCCGUGUUCGAUUUCUUGACGUCCUUGUUGCGUCCCCGCGUUCGCCUGCAAAUCGCUGCCGCCUUGGUCCUCCUUGCGAUCUGGAACUUCUCUAUAUUCAGUCCUUUGGCCUAUGGAACUCCAUGGACCAAGGCGAAGUGCAACAAUGCGCGGUGGUUGAAGACUUGGGAUUUCAGCUGCAACGACUUCUACGAUGACUUAUCCCAUUAUAACGGCGUCAUCGCGCCUACGCCUCAGCAGUCGAAGAUGGGCGUUGCAACGAUCGGCGGAGAACCCGGCGGGCGCGGAGCGAUUGUCGUCGAGGACAACUUUGGGCAGGACAAUAAUGUCGUGCUACCCAAGGCCGAAGAGACCUUCGUCGAUGCAGCCAAAGCCGAGCCCGGACGUGACAUUUUCGCCAAGGGCGACAAGAAAGACAUCAAGAGCGAUGCCCAAGUGCCCGUGCAGGAGAACGACAUGAGGGAGAAGGAGGUCAGCUCCGUCGGGGUCGCUGAAUCGUCGAUCACGCCGGCUUCGGCUUCUGCUUCCGUGGCAGCGGCGGAGGAGAAAGUCGCGGAUAACGCCCCAGCAGUUCAGCACUCGACAGAAUCCAGCUUAUCGCCGGCCACGUCUGACGCGGAGGUCAAGGCUGCGUCGUCGUCGUCGUCGUCGUCACCAGGUGCUUCCGAGUCGCAGGCGAUCCCGGAACCGGUCCGCCAUAAACCAGAAGGGCCCAUGGGCGCGGAGGAGGCGGAAGCGGAGGAGGUGAGGAACGAGCUGUUCCCGGACGCGUGA